AUGAAUGACAAAACUUGGCAUCAAUCAAGUAGUAGCUCUCAUAACAUAGUUAGAAAUUUAUGGCCUGGAGAGAGUUCAGGAACGAGAGAAUUGCCCAAUAAUGAUUUUCGAGGACCAAAACAAGAACCAAUUCCUGAUACAGAUAAUUGGAAUUUCGAAAGACCAUCUGCCCCCGUUGAUGACAAAUGGAUAACAGAUAAAUCAUCAAAUCAUGAAAGUGGUUGGGGUUCACGACCUUCUAAUAAUAAAAAUUGGGUACAAUCUUCAACCACUCAAGAAGGUUGGGGUAGAGUUCCUAAUGAAGGCCCACCACCUUCUAAUAAUGAUAAUUGGUCAAAAUCUUCAACCGCUCAAGAGGGCUGGGGUUCAAGAGUUCCUAAUGAAGGCCCACGACCUUCUAAUGAUGAUAAUUGGUCAAAAUCUUCAACCGCUCAAGAGAGUUGGCCAAGAGCUCCUAAUGAAGGCCCACGACCUUCUAAUGAUGAUAAUUGGUCAAAAUCUUCAACUGCUCAAGAGGGUUGGCCAAGAGUUCCUAAUGAAGGCCCACGACCUUCUAAUGAUGAUAGUUGGUCACAAUCUUCAACAACUCAAGAAGGUUGGGGUCCACGAGUUUCUAAAGAAAGCGAUUGGCCAGAGCCUUCAACCAGUUUGGAUACACAAGGCGUGCAACCGCAAGUUAGAGAUGAUUGGGUAAAGAAACAAGAUCCUAUUUCUAAUGAUGAUAUGUUAGUAAGUAAUCAAGUGGUAGAAUCUGAAUUAGAAGAAAAUUUGGAGCAAAAGCAAGCCUUCGUUGAAGCUAAUGAUGACGUAAUGGAAAGGAGGCAGACACCUCCGCAAGAUCAAGAAGAUAAUCGCGUGAUAAAACAAAGUUCCCUAUCUGACGAUGAUGAAUGGGUUACAAGCGGUCCACCGAUCUCCUCUCAGGAUCGUGAAAAUGACCAUAUUAUAAAACAAAUCCCUACUCCUGAAGAUGAAUGGGUAACAAGCCAACCUUUUCAUAAAGAUGAUAAUAUGAUAAAGCAAGUGCCCCCUCAGGAAGAAGUUGAAUGGGUAACAAGCAACCCACCAGCCUCAAUUCAUGAUCGUGAUGAUCAAUGGAAGAAACAACCUUUUCUCUGCGAAAAUAAUAGUUGGAAUAGAAAGAGGUUGUCUCCAUCUGAAGAUAAUCGUUCACAUAAAAAAUCUGAUAAAGAUCCGUGGGGUGGUAAAGGUCGUUCUGAGGGUUCAUGGGAAAAGAAAAAUGACGCAAAUGAUGGAUCUUUGAAAUAUAACACCAUACGUGCCAGAUCUGUUGAUCAACAUUCAAAAAAUUAUAAUUCAAUCGACCCGAUGGAGAUGGAGUCUGAUGAUUUAUCUACUCUUGCUAUGCAGGAGGUGAUCCAUAACUCUUUUACAACAUUAAAACAUAAUGAGCGUAAACAAUUUGAGGAAUAUGACCUAAAUGAUCAUUCAAAUUCGGUCCCCCCUGAAAUUCUCCAGGAGACUGAUCAAACUUUAAUUCAAGAUUUAAUGUUAGAAUCCCAUAACAAGAAUGAUCAUUUGAAACAAGUCGAGUCUUCGUUCACUACCAAUUAUCAAGAGUGGUCAGGCAAAGCAUUUUGUGAUGUAGAAGUCCAAACGGAUCCAAUUGAUUUAACAUCACUUGAAGACUAUUUAAAUAGUAUUGAUCCUUCAAUCAUGAACAUUUUACGCAAGAAGUUGACUUCAAUACUUGGUAUUGGACUGGUCGGAGAUGUCAGAAAUAAAUUGCCCACAGAAGUUUUUGACUCAAAUGAUACAUCAUCUCUAUCUGCAAUACAGACGCAAAACAAUUCGAUAUUAGAUAUGGAACCAAAUGAUAUAAGCAAGUUUGAACAAAUUAAAACUUAUAAACCUGAAACUUCAUCCAGUACUACAUUUAAUGAAUCUCAACAAGAUUUUCCUCCGA